AUGGCUCAGAUCGACCUUUCCACCGUCGUGCUUGAACUCACAGCAGUGAACAGUGAUGCAAUUACUUCUUUCAGACACCCUGAUAACGAGGCUUUCCUCGUACCUGUCGAGCCCUCCGACCAAGAGCCGGUACAUCGUCGAGCUCGCGAAGGAACCCCUUUGGCCAACAGCCAAUCAGUCCGUGCAUUCCUACGUACAGACUGUUACCCUUAUGAUCCUCUACUCGGUUGGGUGUUCGGACGUAAGGACGAGGAAGAGGAGUGUGACUUCUUUCUCGGUACAAAAGAGCAAGGUGUAAGCCGAAAACAUUUCCGCAUCGACCACAACUGGAAAGCAAUGACUCUGAUUCUUACGAACAUGUCUGGUCAUGGCACUAAGUGGGCAAGUCCAGAUGCUAGGAACAGUGACAGGGUCAUGACAUCUAGAGCUAUUCUUCCGGGUGAACAGUACUCCAUAUCUGCUGGGGCUGUUGAAUUGAUUCUCCAGAUCCCAGCUCGAGGCGAGGAUGAGCAAGCCAAUUUUGACAGCAACAUAGGCCGCCUACGAUUGGAGGUCGAAGAGGCAACACCGACAAUGAACGGCCUAAAGAUCGAGCCCCCAGGCCCAAUCACUCCCUUGGUUGUUGGACGACAGCGCAGGUUUGUCCUACAAAACGUCAUAGGAAGUGGAGCGAUGGCACUGGUGUACAAGGCCGUCGAUUUCGAGACGGGGGAUGUAUAUGCAGCCAAAGCGUACAAGUUGGCCGAGAACACCGACCUUCACUUGUUGUCUAUGCUGAACGAGAUCAAAAUUCUCCAGAAGUUGGAGCACAGAAAUAUCAUCGAGUAUAUAGACCUCUUCAAGGACCCAGAUCCUAUCUUGGUGAUGGAGAUGGCAGUCAAAAGCCUGGCCGAACAUAAGAUAACGCGUGUGAACGACUGCGUAGCGCUUCUGAAAGACUGUCUGGCCGGUUUGACAUAUCUACACAAAGAAAAGAUCAUACAUCGCGACGUCAAACCUGCCAAUAUCUUACUCACCAAUGAAAAUCCCACGCAAUGGAAGCUAUCUGACUUCGGUCUGUCUAAGAUUGCUGAGAUCACCACGACAUUCUGCGGCUCCCCCUCAUAUCUGGCUCCAGAGAUUGGCGGUCUGGAAUACAGCGCAUACACCGCGACCGUUGACAUAUGGGCCUUGGGAAUAGUUGGGUUGGAAUACACUUGCGGAAUACCGCCAGGAAAGGCGAAACUCCUCCAAGACAGGACCAAACGUGGGCCAUGGAAUGAUGCAGUGAUCCGACAAAUACCACUCAGCUCUCUUGCGCGAUACCUGCGGCUGAUGUUGGAACCUGUUCCAGCCAAACGUCCCUCCGCAGCCACAAUGGCCGACAUGCUCGAAUCCUGGGCCGACUCCAGUGGAGAGGUUCUGAGAAAUGCAAGUCAGCACGAAGAAGGUCCUGCAACCAAAAGAUUACGCUUUAAAGCGACGAUGCCAUGA